UUAGCUGUUGUGGUCCGGUCAAACAUGGCGGCCUCCGAGUCAGCGGCGGCUGUGAAUCCAGGCACUGCGGAGGGCGAGGAGGAGACGAUUCUCUAUGACCUGUUGGUCAAUACCGAGUGGCCCCCAGAGACAGAAGUACAGCCUAGAGGCAACCGGAAACAUGGUGCAUCCUUUAUCAUCACAAAAGCAAUUAGGGAUCGUUUAUUAUUUUUAAGCCAAUAUAUCUGGUACAGCCCUGCACCUUUUCUGCUCCCUGAUGGACUAGUUCGUUUGGUUAAUAAACAGGUGAACUGGCAUUCGGUACUUGCAAGCAAUGGGAAGCUUUUGGCUGCUGUUCAAGAUCAGUGUGUGGAGAUCAGGUCUGCAAAAGAUGAUUUUACAUCUAUUAUUGGGAAAUGUCAAGUUCCAAAAGACCCAAAACCCCAGUGGAGAUGUGUGGCAUGGAGUUACGAUUGCACCCUGCUGGCCUAUGCCGAAAGCACGGGAACUGUGAGAGUGUUUGAUCUCAUGGGAAGUGAACUCUUUGUUAUAAUCCCGGCAUCUAGUUUAGCAGGUGAUCUGAGCUAUGCCAUUGCUGGGUUGAUAUUUUUAGAGUAUAAAGCAAGUGCACAGUGGUCUGCAGAACUCUUGGUCAUCAAUUACCGAGGAGAACUUAGAAGCUACCUUGUAAGUGUUGGAACAAAUCAGAGCUAUCAAGAGAGUCACUGUUUCAGCUUCAGUAGUCAUUAUCCUCAUGGAAUCAACACAGCUAUUUACCAUCCUGGGCACAGACUUUUACUUGUCGGUGGAUGUGAAACUGCUGAAGUGGGCAUACCAAAAGCUGCUAGCUGUGGACUCUCUGCCUGGAGAGUUCUUUCAGGAUCACCUUAUUAUAAGCCAGUUACUCAUGGUGGAGACAGGGUCACUGCAGUACCAAAGACCCUGGGAUUAUUAAGGAUGUUAAGUGGCAAGUUUUACAGUCGCCAGGGGCAAGAACAGGAUGGGAUCUUUAAGAUGAGACUUUCUCCAGACGGGACCCUCCUUGCAGCCAUUCACUUCUCAGGAAAACUAAGCAUCUGGGCCAUUCCAUCUCUGAAGCAGCAAGGGGAGUGGAAUCAAAAUGAGCAGCCAGGCUAUGAUGACCUUAAUCCUGAUUGGAGACUCUCUACUGAGAAGAGAAAAAAAAUCAAAGAUAAAGAGUCCUUUUACCCACUGAUAGAUGUGAAUUGGUGGGUGAACAGUGCAGUGAUUUUGGCUCGCUGCUCUGGUGCUUUGACUGUUUCGUCGGUGAAAACUUUGAAGAAUUUACUGGGAAAAUCCUGUGAAUGGUUUGAACCAUCCCCUCAAGUCACUGCUACCCAUGAUGGGGGAUUUUUGAUUUUGGAGUGCGAGAUUAAACUUGCCCCCAAACGAUCUCGUUUGGAGACGAGGGCGGGAGAAGAAGGUGAAGGAGAAGAGGAUUCGGAUUCCGAUCAGGAGACAUCUGCCAAGGCUCGCUACUUUGGUUAUAUAAAACAGGGCUUGUACUUAGUGACCGAGAUGGAGCGCUUCGCACCAGCCCGGAAGCGCCCGCGAACCAUUACUAAGAACUACCGCCUGGUGAGCCUGCGGUCUACGACCCCAGAGGAGCUCUACCAGAGGAAGAUCGAAAGUGAAGAGUAUGAAGAAGCCUUGUCUCUGGCUCAGACCUACGGCCUGGAUACUGACCUGGUGUAUCAGAGGCAGUGGAGGAAGUCAGCUGUCAACAUUGCUUCAAUUCAGAAUUACUUGAGUAAAAUAAAGAAACGAUCCUGGGUUCUUCAUGAGUGCUUGGAAAGAGUUCCUGAAAAUGUGGAUGCUGCAAAAGAACUGCUUCAAUACGGAUUAAAAGGCACAGACCUGGAGGCUCUUCUAGCCAUAGGGAAAGGAGCAGAUGAUGGCAGAUUUACACUACUUGGUGAAAUGGACAUUGACGGUGUCUCCUACGAGGAGCUUUCCCCACCUGAUGAAGAGCCUGCCGAGAAGAAAAAGGAGAAGGAGCUCAGGAAGAGACAAGAACUACUUAAAUUAGUGAACUUUUCAAAGUUAACACUGGAACAAAAGGAACUUUGCCGUUGUAGACUGAAAUUAUUAACCUACUUAGAUCGACUCGCAACAUAUGAGGAAAUCCUCAGAGUGCCUCAUGCAUCUGAACAGAGAUAUGAUGCUGAAUUCUUUAAGAAGUUCAGAAAUCAGAAUAUUGUUCUCUCAGCAAGAACUUAUGCUCGGGAAAGUAAUGUACAAGCCCUAGAAAUUCUGUUCACUUACCAUGGAUCUGACCUGCUUCCUCAUCGCCUCGUGAUUCUCUCCAAUUUCCCGGAGACCACUUCUCCACAUGAAUAUUACGUUUUGCUCCCUGAAGCUUGUUAUGACGGUGACUCCUUGAUGAUCAUUCCUUGGCAUGAACAUAAACACCGAGAUAAAGAUUGGUGUGAGGAGUUGGAGUGCAGAAUGGUGAUUGAGCCGAGUCUCCCAGAUGAAAGUGAGUUCUUGUACGCUGCACAGCCUGAGUUGCUGAGGUACAGGACAUCCCAGCUUACAGUAGAGAAGGUUAUGGACUGGUAUCAGAGCAGAGCGGAGGAAAUAGAGCAUUAUGCUCUGCAGGUUGACUGUGCAUUGUCACUUAUUCGACUUGGAAUGGAGCGGAAUAUUCCUGGUUUGCUGGUUCUCUGUGAUAAUUUGGUUACUCUGGAAGCAUUGGUUUAUGAAGCAGGGUGUGAUUUAACCCUAACCUUGAAAGAACUCCAGCAGAUGAAAGACAUUGAAAAACUAAGAUUACUGAUGAAUAGUUGUUCUGAGGACAAUUAUGUGACAAGUGCCUACCAGUGGAUGGUUCCCUUUCUUCAUCGUUGUGAGAAACAGUCUCCUGGUGUGGCUAAUGAGCUAUUAAAGGAAUAUUUAGUAACUUUAGCUAAAGGAGACUUAAAAUUUCCCCUGAAGAUAUUUCAGCAUUCCAAGCCUGAUUUGCAGCAAAAAAUCAUUCCUGAUCAGGACCAACUGAUGGCAGUAGCACUAGAAUGCAUCUAUAACUGUGAACGAAAUGACCAGCUCGCUCUUUGCUAUGACUUAUUAGAAUGUCUGCCACAGAGAGGAUAUGGUCAGAAGACAGAGGUAACCACAGCUCUUCAUGACAUGGUAGACCAACUGGAACACAUUCUCAGUGUGUCAGAGAUUUUGGAGAAACAUGGACUUGAGAAACCAAUUUCGUAUGUUAAAAAUACUCAGUCUAGCUCAGAAGAGGCACACAAGCUGAUGGUUAGAUUGACCAGGCACACCGGUCGUAAGCAGCCUCCUGUCAGUGAGUCUCAUUGGAGAAUGUUGCUGCAAGACAUGUUAACUAUGCAGCAGAAUGUUUACACCUGUCUAGACUCUGAUGCUUGCUAUGAGAUAUUUACAGAGAGCCUUCUGUGUUCCAGUCGCCUUGAAAAUAUCCACCUGGCUGGGCAGAUGAUGCACUGCAGUGCUUGUUCAACAAAUCCACCGACUAGUGUAGCCCAUAAAGGAAAAACCCAGUACAGGGUCAGUUACGAAAAAAGCAUUGACUUGGUUUUGGCUGCCAGCAGAGAGUACUUCAAUUCUUCUACCAGCCUCACCGACAGCUGCAUGGAUCUGGCCAGGUGCUGCUUACAGCUGAUAACAGAUAGACCCGCUGCCAUUCAAGAGGAGCUAGAUCUUAUCCAAGCCCUGGGGUGCCUCGAAGAAUUUGGGGUAAAGAUUCUGCCUUUGCAAGUGCGACUGUGCUCUGAUCGGAUCGGCCUCAUCAAGGAGUGUAUUUGCCAGUCCCCGAUGUGCUACAAGCAAUCCACCAAGCUGCUGGGCCUGGCUGAGCUGCUGAGGGUAGCAGGUGAAGACCCAGAAGAAAGGCGUGGACAGGUUCUAAUCCUUCUAGUAGAGCAAGCACUUCGUUUCCAUGACUACAAAGCUGCCAGUGUGCAUUGUCAGGAGCUGAUGGCCACAGGUUAUUCUAAAAGUUGGGAUGUUUGUAGCCAGUUAGGACAAUCAGAAGGUUACCAGGACUUGGCCACUCGUCAAGAGCUCGUGGCUUUUGCUUUGACACAUUGCCCUGCUAGCAGCAUUGAAGUUCUUUUGGCCGCCAGCAGCUCUCUGAAGACAGAAAUUCUUUAUCAAAGAGUGAAUUUCCAAAUCCAUCCAGAAGGAGGAGAGACUAUCAGUGUGUCACCAUUGAUGAGUAAAGUGCUACAAGAGGAUGAAGUAAGUGUCCCAGGCAGCAACUCAGCUGACCUGUUCCACUGGACCACUGCUACCACCAUGAAAGUCCUUUCCAACACCACGACCACCACCAGGGCUGUGCUGCAGGCCGUCAGCGAUGGGCAGUGGUGGAAGAAGUCAUUGACUUACCUUCGACCCCUUCAAGGACAAGAAUUUGGUGGUGCUUAUCGAAUUGGAACUAGAGCCAAUGAAGGCCUAGAAAAACAAGGCUGUCAUCCUUUUUACGAAUCUGUCAUCUCCAAUCCCUUUGUUGUAGAGUCUGAAGUGACCUAUGGCACCUAUCAGCAUGUCCCGGUAGAAAGCUUUGCAGAAGUAUUGCUGAGAACUGGGAAACUGGCAGAGACUAAAACUGAAGGAGAAGAAGUAUUUCCAACAACAGAAGUUCUCUUGCAGCUGGCGAGCGAUGCUUUACCAAAUGAUAUGACCUUGGCUCUUGCUUAUCUCCUUGCCUUACCACAGGUGUUAGACGCUAACAGGUGCUUUGAAAAGCAGUCGCACUCUGCUCUCUCUCUCCAGCUGGCAGCCUAUUACUAUAGCCUACAGAUCUACGCCCGGUUGGCUCCGUGUUUCAGGGACAAGUGCCAUCCUCUUUACAGGGCCGAUCCCAAAGAGCUAAUCAAGAUGGUCACCAGGCACGUGACUCGAUACGGACAGGAAGCCUGGCCCGAGGAGCUCGCUGCACUGACCAAGCAGUUACAGUACUACAACGAGCGCCUCCUGGACUUCACUCAGGCUCAGAUCCUCCAGGGCCUGCGGAAGGGUGUGGAUGUGCAACGGUUUACUGCAGAUGACCAGUACAAACGGGAAACCAUCCUCGGUCUGGCAGAGACGCUUGAGGAGAACGUCUACAGCAUUGCUCUUUCUCUGGCCCAGCGCUACAGUGUCUCCUGUUGGGAAGUUUUCAUGACCCAUUUGGAGUUCCUGUUCACCGACAGUGGUUUGUCCACAGUAGAAAUUGAAAAUCGAGCCCAGUCCCUUCAUCUCUUCGAGACGUUGAAGACCAGUCCCGAAGCCUUUCACAAGCACAUGGUCAAGUAUAUUUAUCCCACGAUUGAUGGCUUUGAUCAUGAAAGACUGCUGUAUUAUUUCACUCUGCUGGAAAGCUGUGGCUGUGCAGAUUUGGGGAAAUACACCAUUAAACCAGAAACCCACAUUCGGCUGCUAAAGAAAUUUAAGGUAGUUGCGUCAGGUCUUAAUUACAAAAAGCUGACAGAUGACAACAUGAAUCCUCUUGAGGCAUUGGAGCCAGUCCUUUCAAGUCAAAAUAUCUUAUCCAUUUCCAAACUUGUUCCCAGAAUCCCUGAAAAGGAUGGGCGCAUGCUCUCGCCAAGCUCUCUGUACACCGUCUGGUUACAGAAGUUGUUCUGGACUGGAGACCCUCACCUCGUUAAACAAGUCCCGGCAUCCUCCCCCGAGUGGCUGUGCGCCUAUGACGCCUGCAUGAAGUACUUUGAUCGUCUCCUCCCAGGCGACCUCAUCACUGUGGUGGAUUCAGUGACCUUUUCUCCAAAAGCUGUGACCAAGCUAUCUGUGGAAGCACGUAAAGAAAUGACUGGAAAGGCUAUUAAGACAGUCAAACAUUUUAUUGAGAAGCCAAGGAAAAGAAAUUCAGAAGACAUUCAAGAGGCUAGUGAUUCUAAGAUGACCUACGCAGAUGCCCUGAAUCAUCUGGAGAAGUCACUGGCUCACCUGGAAACCCUCAACCACAGCUUCAUCGUUUCUCUGAAGAAUAGUGAGCAGGAAACGCUGCAGAAAUAUAGUUACCUCUAUGAUCUGUCUCGGUCAGAAAAAGGGAAAGUUCAGGAUCAAGCCGUGGCCAUGUGUUUAGACGGUCAGCCUCUAAGAAUGAUUCAACAGCUGCUAGAGGUGGCCGUUGGCCCUCUUGACCUCUCACCUAAGGAUAUAGUACACGGUGCAAUAACGAAAAUCAUCUCUGCGUUGAGUGGAGGCAGUGCUGACCUCGGGGGGCCGGCGGACCCUCUCCGCGUCCUGGAAGGGGUUGUUGCAGCCGUCCACGCCAGUGUCGACAAAGGGUGCCCCAGUUGUUUCACGGGAGCUGAUGAAUAGAAGACGUUGUCCUGGGAAAUGUCUGCUCCACCCCGUUCCAUGUGUAGUGAGGAAAGUGUGCGCAGUGUGUGGAUCGGUUCCUUAACUGAGUUCAGGGACCGACCCAGAAUAUGGGCACUUACGUCUCUCACUGUUCGCUCACUCACGUUUACUUGCUUUCCGCCCCGGGCCCGCCCACCUGCCUGUCCUUCUCCCUCCAUCUAGCCUAGCAUGGUACAGAUCAGUUUGCAUACUCAUUUCCUACUGAGGCCAGGCAGGUAAUGGAAAUGAGCAAGGUGGACGGGGCUUAAGGGAAGGUAGGAAGUUUGGAGGCAGAGGGGUACUUGAGAGCUCAGAGGACACCUUAUCUAAGGGAAACAGCUGCCAGUGAGUCCUUAUCUUCCAGCAUUUAAAGGGGAGCUACGUUGUUAAGAGAGUGGAUCCUAAGAGAUCUCAUCACACGAAAAAAAACCAUAUUUUUCUUUUUCCUUUUUGUAUCUAUAUGAGAUGAUGGAUUUUCACUAAACUUACUAUGGUAAUCUUCACAAUAUAUGUAAGUCAAAUCAUUAUGCUGUACACCUUAAACUUAGACAGUGCUGUAUGUCAAUUAUAUCUCAAUAAAGCGGGAGAAAAAAAGAAGAGCUGGUAAAUCUUCAUUGUGUAAAAUUUCUAAAUUUUGAAACAUUGGUAUAUACUGUGUAAGCCAGUACAAAACGCUGGCUGCUGGUUUAUAACUUCAAUCUAGAAGGUUGGACAGAGUGACCUCCUGUUCCCUUCAGGCAUUCCAGUUCUAUGACAUUUAUAUUUAGAAGAAGUCACAGAGGUCUGUGUUUGUCUUGUCUGAAUGCAGUCUUUCCUUCUCCCAUUCUCAAAUAAGAACAAUUUUAUUUUGUGUAGUGCAUCAUGAUAUAUAAAGUGCUUUUCAUAUUUACUGUCUCUUUUAAUAGACCAUAAUCAUUUAAGUUCAAGGUUGGGUUAUCUUCAUACGUUUAUGCCAUACAGAAUCUGCAAACUCUUAUACAAAGGACCAGCUUAUUAAUAUUCUCAGAAUCUUUCUUUUUUCUUUGAUUCAAUAAUUGCCUUUGUUUAGUUGGCAUUUCUUUUCUGUUCCUUUGUAGUUUUGUGAAUAUCCUCUUAUACUACCUUACUUACCUAGUAGAACAUCAUAUUCUCAAAUUAAUCAUUCAGUGAACCUAGUUUUGUUGUCAUUGUUCUGCUCUUGUUCUUUUCUGUUAAUAGAACUACUCGUAUAUUUCAGAAGACUCCUUAUCUUUUGAGCCAAAACUGAUUGUGUGAAUGUGUGUGUGUUUCCUUUAGUAGUUAAUUUUUUUAAAAAAAUAGUGUACUGAAUUACCCUGUGUAGUACAAUAACCUCCCCCCACCACAGAAAUCCUCAUUAUAGGGAAAGAGGUAGAAGCAAA